UUGUCAAAAUGACAAAUGACAUGUUUAGCUCUUCAGGAUUGUAAUAUUUUAUUUGUUUAAAAAUGUCUGUGUUAUUACAGACAAGUAAAUGUAUUUUUAGAAAACCGUUUAAUAAUACAUUUUGUAAAUAUGUAUUCCUUAGAAAAAACUCCGAUGUCCCUAAAAAGUUUAUAACGUUUGAUGAAGUAGUCGCUCAAAGAAGAGCGGAAGCAAUGCGUAGUGUUGUCGUUCAGGUUAAUUCCGAUUCAUCCUUCAAUGAACUCUACGGCUACUGCUCUAAAUAUGCGUCAAUAAAAGACAUUCAUCAUUACAAAAAUACCGGAGGAGAGCAUUUUAUGGUUAUUGAAUUUGCUUCAGAAGACAAUCUUAAAGAUGUGUUGAAAUCUUGUAGUUCCCAUAACAAAGACCAUGACGUUAUAUCAGUGCAAUCACCUUUUCUUUGGUUCAGAGCCGCUGUGGGUAAUAAAGAAAAAUUUGCAGACACUGGGAAAAAGCUCGCUGUAAAGAAUGGAACUGAGAUUUGUAAUGAGGAUGUGUUAUUGGAGGAUAUAUUAAAUUGUGAAACUGUAUCAGAUCAAAUACAGUUACUGUAUGAAAGGACAACAUUAAAUGACUUGAGCAUAAGACUCCGAUAUAUUGUUGCAAGACAGUUGGAGAUGAUAUUCAACAGCCUCUACACAAAUGUCAAAAUUCAGCCCUUCGGUUCCUCUGUCAAUGGCUUCGGAAGGAUGGGCUGCGACCUGGACCUCGUCCUGAUCAACUCAAUAACGGAGGAAAUGGGCGCGGCGUCGCGGCGCCUGGUGUUCCAGGAGAAGCGCAGCGCGCGGCAGCUGGAGCUGGCGGGCGCGCUGCUGGAGCUGCGCGUGGCGGGCGUGGCGCGCCUCACGCGCAUCCUCAACGCGCGUGUGCCCAUCGUGAAGUACGCGCACGAGUACGCGGGCCUGCACUGCGACCUGUGCUACAACAACUCGGCCGCCGUGCACAUGUCAGAGCUGCUGUGGCAGCUGGGCGAGCUGUGCGCGCGCUCGCGGGCGCUGGCGGUGCUGGUGCGGCGCUGGGCGGCGGCCACCGGCCUCACGCAGCCGCACCCGGGCCGCUGGCUCACCAAUUUCCCGCUGACGCUCAUGGUGCUGUUUUUCCUGCAGCGCACCGGCCUGCUGCCCUCGCUGAACCGACUCGUCAGUGAGGCGGGGAAAGAAGACAUUCGAAUAGCCGAGGAGAAUGUCAACUGCACGUUCCUACGCGAUCUGAACAAACUGCCCGCGGAUUCGUACGAACAGAACGACGACGAUCUGCAGACAUUACUGUUCAAAUUCUUUGAAUUCUACUCGCAAUUCGACUUCCAGGAGAAAGCGAUUUCGAUCAACGAGGGUAAACCUAUCAGGAAGCCUAACUCCCUCCCUCUGUACAUAGUAAAUCCCUUGGAGCAAUCGUUGAACGUCAGCAGGAACGUCAGCUACGAGGAGUGCGAGAGGUUACGCCUGGAAGUGAGGAACGCAGCCUGGCACCUGGAGUCCUGCCUCGACGGCAAGAAAUCAGACGACUGGGGCAUUCUAGGACUCAUAGAGAAGAAGUCCUCUAGAGGUUUGAAGAAGUUAUUGCGCGUAGGGAAUUCUCAUAGGUUAGUAUCCAUGAAAGACUUAUUCACUGAUAAUGAUAACGAGCCUUCGGUGGAAGGCAUACGAUCGAAAAUGCAAAAAUUCGUCAAGACUGAUAAAGAGGUGGACACGAGUGUGAAAGAGAUGAAGAGUGAAAUGAGUAAGGAACAAAAGAGUGGGAAGAUAAAGUUUAAAAAUAAUCAAACUGCAAGUGCGGUGUACAGAAUAAGAAGAGAUAAAAUAAUUUGAUGUUUUGUGUAACUAUAGGGUGUGAUUUAGUAAACAAUUAAAAGCAUAUAUAAGAUCAACAAUUUCAUUGACUAAGGUUUUAUUUGUUUUUUUUUUUUGGUUAAAAAGUUAUAGUAGAGACCAUACUUAUUACUUAUAGAAGUUUUACAUGCUAUUAAUGACUGUUCAACACUAUUUUCCCAUAGACAAUUGGAGACCUCAUUGCAAAAGAGUUUUUUUGUGUUAUUUUUUUAAUGUUUUCCUAAAGAUGGCGUUAAUAUUUUAUUUCCAUAGUUUUCCUAAAACAUUGUACUUUAUAUAUAAGUGUUUUAUAGAGUAGUUAUUGGACUCGGUUUCUAAAUUUGAUAUUAGAAAAAGAAGUCAUAAGUAGCUUAUUCCCGGACACAACUGGUCCAUGUUCCUGGUGUUGAUACCUAAGUUUAUAAUUUCUAGAUUAUGACUAAAUGUAUGUUAGGCUCGUUUCUGUAGAUUUCAGACAAAUUGACCAAAAUGCACGGUUCAUUCUAUUCUCCGAUUAUAUGGUCCAACUUGAUCUCAGAUGGCGUGUCAAAUCCAUGUGUACUAGUAAGUUGUUUAGCAGUGGAAUAAGCUUCAAGCUAUCUCAUCAAGAGAAGAGAUCUUUCUUUAGUAGAUACGUUUAUUGAGGUCUUGUAUUCUUUAUACAGUAUUCGAUAAUUUUGUGCACGCCAUAGGAAUGGCGAAACCGAAACAAGUGCCCCGUCCUCUACCACUUUAUGAUAAGAUGUGUUUGGAAAUAUGUUUUUGAAGAUUGUUGGUGAAAAUGAAGCGAAGUUAAAACUAAUGUUUAUUUUAAAAUCGUUUAUUUGUAAAUAAAAUUCU